AAGGCCGAUUGUCUCGAAAAUACCAAAUGGUGAUCAGCAAAACCUCGACAAGAAAUUGACAACAUUUACUACCCUUGAAUAACGUCUAGAGAAUGUGCAUUAGCGUAUCAACUACACCCCGACCUCUCCCAACCGCAAUACAGCUUUUAGGUUGUCGAAAUCAGAAUGAGCUUCGGUGUGGGCUUUGGCGAUCUGGUGCUUGCUUCUAAGCUGGCCUGGAAGGUGUACAAGGCCUGCAAAGACUCGGGCGAUAACUUCAAGCGCCUAUCAAGUGAAGUUGCUUCUUUACAUGUUGUACUAAAAGAAACUGAGGACUUUAUCGCUGAGUACUCUGAACUCGACACUUCUCGAAGAAAUCGCUUGAAUAUCCUGACGGAUGGAUGUAAUGCAACGCUUCGCGAUUUGGAUAAACUGCUCGACUCGUAUGAGCGCCUCGGUACACAAGCCCAGAGGGCUUGGGACCGGAUGCGGUUUGGAUUUGAAGACUUUGCUGAUAUACGAUCACGGUUGGUGAGCAAUGUGACGCUGCUAGCUGCUUUCAACAGCUCUUUAGCUAAUUCAUCGACGGCAAGAAUCGAGAAGAGGUUGAAUAAGUUCAUCUGCGAAGUGCGUGCUGGAUACCGGGAAGGCUCCGUCGUUACAGUGCCAGAUGUCGUCGAAACAAUCGAAUCACCGGAUGUGUGGGCGCAGCUACGACGAGAGCUCGAGGACGUUGGCAUAUCCCCUGCAAUCAUGGAAGAGAAUCACGAAUAUAUCUCGAGCUGGAUGAAGUCGGUUCUAUCCCAAGGACUAGCGAAUGAAGAUGCCCCAAUCGAGUUGAACGAUACGAUCUCCGCCGACUCCGGGUACGGCGGUAGCAUUGUGUCAUCGAGUGUUGAGAUGAAUAUAGCAAACGAGGAAUUCGAGCUAAACAUGCGCAAGAAGCAAGCUGAAAGACCUCUAGAAGAGAUCUUCAAGCCGCUAACUGUGGAAUCCACUACGCCGUCUGUUAGAAAAAAGUCUCUCACAGACCCUGCUAGGCUUAUCCGCAAGCUCUUCGUCAAGGAAGAUGCAAUUGUCCAGGCAGCAAGCGAUGGUAACCUUGAAAAGGUUGCUAAGCUGCUUAGCAUCGGGUGCGACGUAAAUGCACGCGAUCGAUGGGGUUGGUCAGCUCUCAGUAUGUGUGCGUAUGGUGGACAUGUUACUAUCGCUCGACUCCUGCUUGAGCACGGAGCCGAUAUAUACAAUGUGGAUGUGGAUGGCGACACUCCAAUGCAAAUAGCUGCGACUCGUGGUCAUUCCGAAGUGGCUAUUCUAUUCGAUGAAUCGCAAGCCGAGAGAGAUCGCUUAGCUCGAGAACUAGAUACUGAACCGUAGUGGAGAGGAGUAAGGCAACAAUUAAAGAGGUGGCUUCAAAUAUGACGAUCUUCUCUUUUUUGUCCCACAAAUUGUUAGCUUGUUAGCUGUUGGGAGGCUUUGUGGAAGAAUAAGUCUGGGUGAUCUACAUGACUGCCUUACAUACUACGCCGCAUGGUUCUGCUGACGCGGGCCGGGUUGAUCUCCACGGUUGCUUACCUGCGUGUUUUAUUUUUGUAAGUAACUAUGGAUAACAAGUAUAACUUGUAUACCGCUUGACUGAUCCCUACUGUUGUGUCAGGUAAGUCAGUAUAUCUGAUUUGACACCAGUUCGAGGCAUUCGUCAUAACCUUCUCAUUAUUUUGGUCAAGUUGAUAGGUGCCUACUAAGGUAGGUAGGUACCUAGGCAAGUAAUAAUAUUAGCAUAUCCCCCCUUUAUCACGAUUCACAAUGCUACAGCAGCCUAUUCUGCACCCUAUCUUGUC